UGAUCCGGAGGCAUAUUUGGAGUGGGAAAAGCGAGUUGACCUUAUCUUUGAUUGCCAUAACUUUUCAGAGGAGAAAAAGGUGAAAUUGGUGGUUACCCAAUUUAGUGACUAUGCUAUAGUUUGGUGGGAUCAUUUGGUGGUUAGUAGGAGGAGGAACAUGGAAGAGCCUAUUGGUAGUUGGAUUGCACUCAAAACUAUCAUGAGAAGGCGUUUUGUACCCAGACAUUACCAUAGGGAGUUACAUCAAAGACUCCAAUCUUUGAGGCAAGGUACAAGGAGUGUUGAGGAUUUUUAUAAGGAGAUGGAAAUGCUCAUGAAUAGGGCUGAUUUGGAUGAGGAUAGAGAAGCUACCAUGGCACGAUUCAUUGGUGGGCUUAAUAAGGAGAUUGCUGAUAGGGUAGAGUUGCAACAUUAUGUGGAGCUUGAGGAGUUAGUUCACCUUGCAAUUAAGGUGGAAAAGCAACUAAAACCUAAAGGGACAGCAAGGUUUGAAUAUAAGGGCACUUCGAGUGGGAGGCCACAUUGGUCUAGUUCUUGGAAAGGAGGUAAGAAAGGUGAUGAUAAGGUUAUUCCCAAUAACAACAAAGGGAAAAGCAUUUCAGGCAACAAAGACACAUCUAAACCAGAAAUUAACAAAGAAAAGAAUAGAGACAUCAAGUGUUUCAAAUGCUUGGGGCGUGGCCAUAUUGCUUCACAAUGUCCAAACAAGCGGGCAAUGGUGGCUAGAGACCAUGGGGAGAUUGAAACAGCAAGUGAAGAGAGUGAUAAUGAUGAUGAGAUACCACAAUUGGAAGACGGCAGCGAUGAUUGCAUUGAGGGUCCUACGGGAGGUGAGCUCUUGGUGGCUAGGCGCACACUAAGUGUUCAAAUGAAGGAAGAUGAUACCUUGGAGCAGCAAAGAGACAACAUUUUCCACACAAGAUGCCAUGUACAAGGUAAGACUUGUCUUGUUAUUAUUAAUGGUGGUAGUUGUACAAAUGUUGCUAGCACUUUAAUGGUUGAAAAAUUGGGUUUAAAUCUAAUUCCACAUCCUAGACCUUAUAAAUUGUUAUGGUUAAAUAAUUGUGGUGAGAUCAAAGUGAAUAAGCAAGUUGUUGUACCUUUCACAAUUGGUAGAUAUUCAGAUGAGGCGCUAUGUGAUGUAGUGCCAAUGCAUGCUGGCCAUAUAUUGUUAGGUAGGCCAUGGGAAUUUGAUACGGGGGCCUUCCAUGAUGGCUUUCUAAAUAGGUACUCAUUUGUGAAGGAUGGGAGAAAAGUUACUUUGACACCUCUUUCUCCUAAGGAAGUGUAUGAUGACCAAUGUAAGUUGGAAAGAGAGAGGCAGAAAACAAAGGCAAAGGGUAGUUUUUUGGCUAGGGAAAGUGAAGUUAGGCAUGCAUUUCAUUCAAGUCGGAUGUUAUUUGUUGUUACUUAUAAAGAUGUAUAUUUGAACACUACUGAACUUGAUCUUUCCUUGCCGAGUGUGUUUGCUAAUCUUUUGCAGGAAUUUGCUGAUGUCUUUCCCGAGGAAAUGCCAAGUGGAUUACCUCCUCAAAGAGGGAUAGAACAUCAAAUAGACUUCAUACCCGGGGCUUCCAUACCAAAUAGACCAGCCUAUAGAAGUAAUCCAGAGGAGACAAAGGAGCUUCAAAGGCAAAAGGAUGGCACAUGGAGAAUGUGUGUGGACUGUCGUGCAAUCAAUAAAAUAACGGUAAAGUAUCGUCAUCCCAUUCCUAGGUUAGAUGAUAUGCUUGAUGAGUUGCAUGGUGCAUGUUUGUUUACUAAGAUUGAUUUGCGUUCUGGUUAUUAUCAAAUUUGCAUGAAAACUGGUGAUGAGUGGAAAACGGCUUUUAAGACUAAAUACGGUCUAUAUGAGUGGUUAGUUAUGCCGUUUGGGCUUACAAAUGCACCUAGUACUUUUAUGAGAUUGAUGAACCAUGUCUUGCAUGAGUGUCUUGGUAAAUUUGUGGUUGUGUAUUUUGAUGAUAUCUUAGUUUAUUCCAAGUCCAUUGAUGAUCAUGUCAUGCAUGUGCGUAGGAUUCUAGACAUUCUUAGGGUAGAAAAAUUGUAUGCCAAUUUAAAAAAGUGUGCUUUUUGCAUGGAUAAAGUUAAUUUCCUUGGUUUUGUCGUUAGUUCAAAGGGGCUCGAGGUUGAUGUGGAGAAAGUGAAAGCAAUUAGGGAGUGGCCAACACCUAAAAACAUUAGCCAAGUUAGGAGUUUUCAUGGCUUGGCUAGUUUCUAUAGGAGGUUCAUUAAGGACUUUAGUAGUAUAGCUGCACCUUUGAAUGAAAUUGUCAAGAAAAACGUUGGGUUUACUUGGGGUGAUGCACAAGAACAUGCUUUUAAUAUGCUUAAAGAUAAGUUGUGUAUUGAGUGUGAUGCUAGUGGCAUUGGGAUUGGUGCUGUUUUGAUGCAAGAAGGCAGACCUAUAUGCUAUUUUAGUGAAAAACUAAAUGGAGCAGCCCUCCGGUACCCAACCUAUGACAAAGAACUCUAUGCUUUGGUUCGGGCCUUGCAAACAUGGCAACACUAUUUAUGGCCCAAAGAAUUUGUCAUCCACACGGAUCAUGAGAGUUUGAAGCAUCUCAAGGGGCAAGACAAAUUGAACCGAAGACAUGCUAAGUGGAUGGAGUUCAUUGAGACAUUCCCAUAUGUGAUCAAAUACAAGAAAGGUAAGGAGAAUGUGGUUGCUGAUGCACUAUCUCGAAGGUAUGCUUUACUUACUACUCUUGAUUCUAAAUUGCUGGGCUUCGAGUUCAUAAAAGAGUUGUAUGUGAGUGAUAAUGAUUUCAGCGGCAUGUUUACAACUUGUGCUAAUGGGGCUGUUUCUGCUGAUUUUUAUGUGUUUGAGGGAUUUCUUUUCAAGAAAAAUCGCCUUUGUAUUCCUAAUUGUUCUUUGCGGGCUGUAUUGGUUAGGGAAGCACACGGGGGCGGUUUAAUGGGUCAUUUUGGGGUGCAAAAGACUUAUGAUAUUCUGAUUGAGCAUUUUUAUUGGCCAUGCAUGAAACGUGAUGUGCAUAAAAUUUGUGGUCAAUGCAUUGUGUGUUUGAAAGCUAAGUCCAAACUGCAACCCCAUGGGUUAUAUACACCUUUACCUAUUCCUGAUGUUCCUUGGACAAAUUUGUCUAUGGACUUUGUGCUUGGUUUGCCGAGAUCUAGGAAAGGUAGAGAUAGUAUAUUUGUUGUUGUGGAUAGCACUACACACACUUCACCAUUUGAAAUUGUAUAUGGUUUUAAUCCUUUAACUCCUAUUGAUUUGAUUCCUUUGCCUCUUAACAAGCUUGUUAGUGUUGAAGGUUCUUCUAAGGCAGAUUUGGUUAAAAAGCUACACAAACAAGUUCAAGAGAGAAUUGAGAAGCAAAAUGCAAAAGUGGCCGAGAGGGUUAAUAAAGGACGAAUUCCAAUGGUAUUCCAACCUGGAGAUUGGGUUUGGGUGCAUUUUCACAAAGAAAGGGUCCCAAAUCAAAGAAAGUCUAAACUAAGUCCGAGGGGUGAUGGUCCAUUUCAAGUCCUUGAGAGGAUCAAUGACAAUGCCUACAAGAUUGAUUUGAAAGGUGAUGAACUUGAUCCGAGGACGAAUCAUCCUAAAGAAGGAGGGAAUAAGAUUCACAUCUUAGUCAGGGCCUUGAAGGUUCAAGUCCAGGAUUACAGUGGCCGAUCAGUUGCCGAUACCAUUUCGGCUACUCUUCAUCAUCGGAUGGUUUCUGAGGCUUCAAGACCAUGCAAUAAAUCUGCAGACCCCGUGGUCUCUAGCGGAGACGCAUUAUUUAUCUUUACUGACAGUGGUCUUACUCCCACUAUAGUUCAAACUCCUAGGCAAUUGCCUAGAGAAGAACUGGAGAAGUUGAUUCCCUCUGUUUGGAUCACAAAUUAUGAGAAACUUCACCAAAGCUCACAGCCUGUCCAGAAACAAGAUCCAAUAUUCAUCAAACAGCUUGACAAAUGUGAUCUUGGAUGUAACUGCCAAGAUGAUCUGGAUGAUCUAGAAAUCGGAUCAAAGGGGACUAAGACUUGGAAAAGAAAACAUACAUGUUCUAGUCCACCUAGAUAUGAUGACAAAGAUGAUGAUCAACCUGAUUCCAUUCAGGUUCCUGCAAAAAACAAGAAAGAAAGACCUUGGAUCGGUCUUCCACCAGAGAAGAACAAACCGAUGUCCAAUGAUGACUAUCUAAAGAGAUGCUUUGAAAUAUUGAAAGAAGGACUCUUGAAUUGUCCUCCUCCUCCAAUGGUUUGCUCCUGUUCUUUUGAGCCAGUAAAGAUCCCAGAGUCUGUCGCAGUGCCAUGUUUUAUGGUCAACUCAGAAGAAUUUCCUCCUCUGGCGAGGAAAGAAAAUGAACAGACCAAGGCUCCUGCCCGUCCUUUUAUUGUGAAGGAUACAGUCCAACCUGCAGGCAGUUUGGCCCCCCUCUUAGCUGCUGAAGAAGUUUUGAACUGGCAGACAAACAAUGCUGUUGCCCAGAAUCAUUAUCUGGAAAAGAUUGACAAUAGACUCUCAGAAGUCUAUGAAAAAACCAGUUCCAUAGAAGCUCAUGUCACCUCAUUCAGAGAAGAAGCCUUACGGAUGCACACGAAGCUUUCGUCUAGGCUAUUUAAACUUGAGCAGGAGAUGGAAUAG